AUGGCACUUCCUACCUUGGCCGUGGAUGUCCUUAGGGGCUUUCGCUCUGAGUUCUUCAAGGAUGAAGAAGAGCGAGAAUCUGUCAUCCGAAAGGCCGCCCAAGUUGCCGCCAAGAUUCUCCACAUUCAUUCCGACUUCGUACCCGAACCUGCUCUCGCCAAGCUUGCUGGCGAUGUUGGCCACAAGUUGAGGGACUUCAUCACCAAGCGGACCCACGACGGCCUCUUGUACUACACCUGCCAGCAAGACCUUAACACCGUCGAGCUCGCCACCAUCGUCGCUUUCCGCAGCCAGUUUCCUUGCUUCGAUUUGGAAGCCGAUUUCGGCAUGGUGCAGGCCAACAUCGUCAAAAACCGCCCACUUGAAUGUGGCGACCUGGACAGCUACCUGUCGCGCCGGCUUCAAGACUUGGGAACUCAUCCGUGCCAAGACGCAACUAUCUUCCAAGAAGACAAACCCAAGAUUCUAUACUGGGGAAGCAACCACCUCAUCGCCGUGGACGAAGAAGAAGAAGCCAGCGAGCGUCUCAUCAAGAGCAUCGACAAGAUCACUGUCAGGCUCUGGGAAGAAAUGGACAUGGAUAUUACAAUUUACAUCAUGGAACUUUACGACGAAGUUCGCCAACAAUUGGCCAGAAUAAAGUCUGAGAACAGCAACUUCUCGGGGAAGGAAGAAAAGACUCGUUCCAAGUACUUCGACGAGACUGACCAGGUAGACAUCUUUUGCCCCCUGUGCCGAGAUUCUGUGCCGAUCUGCACGAUGGAACAGACGAAGCGUCACUGUCUUGCUUUCGGCCACAACUUCCUCGAAGUCAUCGAGAUUUUGGAAGAGAAAGGUAGAACUCUGCGCGCCCGUGAGUUCACUAGCGACGAGGUCAAGCCGCCCCCGAUGCCGACCUGCCCCGACUGCGACGACAUCGCCGAGUGGUGGGACGCGAUUUAUCUGCAUAACUAUAAAUUCCACGAGGGAGACCUCGCCGAUAAGCUUCACGGAUUUCAGCUCUUGGGAUAUCUCGUAUGGGUCGGUUCUCGGGAGCCGCUGCCUUGCGAGCGCUGCCGGGAGUCAAAUGGAACCAACACGACUCUUCUUACGGUGUGCGUCGCUGAGAAGCACCACGUAUAUGAGCACAUGCAAAACUGA